ACAUGGGUUUAGUUUCUUAACGGCAGGCCUCUCCUCCGUCAAGUGCUUGUUUGUUUCGACCGAAAAAAGUGCGGAAUUGAUAGAGGGGGCAAAGUGUAAAAAGAUCGCCAAAGGGAAUAUUAUAUAAUUAUUAUCAUCUAUCCCCAAAAUCCCUAAACAUCUCGAAACCCUAAAAUCGAAAUUUGUCUCUCAUCAUCAGAGAUGGAAGACGAAGGUAGAAAAGCUCAAGUUAAAGAAGGAAGCUCCGUUCUCAAGCGCCCUCGCGACGACGAGGAGGAUCUUCCAAACUCUGCAGCAGCAGCAGCAGCAGCAACUGCUUCUGCUUCUGCUUCUGGUACCAAAACUGAAGUGAAAGCUAAACGCCUCUCUUUGGAUCCACCAAAGCCUGUAACAGCAGGGAGGAUGCCCUUUAACCCCAGUGUGGAAACAGGCUGGACAUGGGUGCCUUUUAAGCAGCUUCCAUACGAUGACCCUGAACCAGAGGUGGACGAGGAAGAGGAAGAAGUGAUCGACUUACCAUAUGGCAUGUAUCACAUGGUCGGAGGUCACCUAGUUCUCACAGGCAUUCUUCCUAAAUCCAGAUUUGAUGAGUAGUGUGCUUCUUUCGAGCACCAGCAAACCCAAUCACCAAUUUCAUCGACUACAUGACAACUUUACUUUACUUUAUUAUUAUUCAAAUGUUUGUGAGCAUGUCUAAUCAACCAAUUAUGUAUUUGUGCUUUCUUAGCUUAAAACACAUUUAUGGAAGUUUAUUUGAACUAUCUUUUAUCAGUUA